UGGAGUGACAGAGAACACACUGCAGGGUGUGAUGCAACUGGGUAGCCUAUUUGUUUGGUACUUAAAGAAGCUGAGGGUUUCCCUCAAAAUCUGAACAGAAUGAGGAUGCUAAAGAGAGCCUCUGCACUCAUCCUGAGACGAGGGAUCACAACUUAUCAGAGCAGAUUGUGCAAAAAUGACAGCCUCUUCAGAGUUCAUCCAUCUGUAUCUCAGGCGCUGGCAGAAAACAAACCAGUGGUGGCACUUGAGAGUACUAUUAUCACACAUGGCAUGCCCUAUCCACACAACCUGAGCACAGCGAAGGAGGUGGAAGCAAUAGUGAGAGCUGAAGGAGCCACCCCAGCCACGGUCGGAGUGAUCAAGGGUGAAGUCCAUGUUGGUCUGUCCUCAGAGGUGCUCGACCACCUCGCCCGCUGCAAGAGCUCCCUGAAGGUGUCCCGUCGUGAUCUGCCCUACGUCAUCAGCAAAGGGCUCUCUGGGGGAACAACAGUGUCAGCCACUAUGAUAGCAGCACACCGAGCUGGCAUCCCUGUGUUUGUCACAGGGGGCAUCGGAGGAGUUCACAGAGACGGAGAGAACAGUCUGGACAUCAGUGCAGAUCUGACCGAGCUCGGCAGGACUCCCAUUGCAGUGGUCUCUGCUGGUGUGAAGUCUAUUCUGGACAUUGGUCGGACCCUGGAGUUCCUUGAGACACAGGGUGUCUGUGUAGCCACUUAUGGAGCGUCGAAGAAUUUCCCAGCCUUCUUCGCUCCACGAAGUGGAUUCACUUCUCCAUACCAAGUCUGCAAUCCUGAGGAAGCUGCAGAACUCAUUGCAAGCACUCUGUCACUGGGUCUCCAAAGUGGUGUACUGUUAGCGGUCCCCAUCGCAGAGGAGCAUGCAGCAACCGGUCAGCAGAUAGAGGAAGCCAUACAGGCAGCGGUAACGGAGGCAAGUGCUAAAGGAAUAACAGGAAGAGACGUGACGCCAUUCAUUCUUCAAAAGGUCAAUGAGCUGACUGAAGGAAAGUCCCUUCAGGCCAACAUUGCUCUCAUUCAUAACAAUGCUAAAGUUGGCAGUCAGAUAGCAUGUGCACUGUCAAAACAAAUGACUGAAAGAAAGUUAAAAACAAAGACUCAUCAUCAUGGAAAACACUCAGAAUCAGAUAUUGUUGUCAUCGGAGGAAUAAAUGUUGAUUUUAUUGCUAAAGGGAAGACAAAAACACUUCAUUUUGGACAGACCAACCCAGGAAGUGUCUGUCAGUCAUUUGGUGGUGUAGGACGGAACAUUGCUGACUCUCUGAGUCGAUUAGGCAUUAGCCUCCUGUUAAUCUCAGCUACUGGAGCUGAUUCACACAGCGAAGCAGUGUUGAACUAUUGUAAACAUAUGAACACAAGUGGUGUGGCCAGGCUUGAAGAGCAAAGCACAGCAACUUACUGUGCUGUUAUCACUGAGAGUGGAGAACUGAGUCUUGGAUUGGGAGACAUGGACAUUCAUCAGCAGAUCACAGAGCAAUAUGUGUCACAGUUUGAGAAGCAGCUUUCAUCAGCCACUCUUGUGUGUCUCGACGGAAACAUUCCCCUCUCCACCAUCGACUAUGUUUGCUCUAUUGCAAAAAAACACAACAUAAAUGUUUGGUAUGAGCCAACGGAUUCAGAAAAGGCUUGUAAGCCUUUCCUGUCAGACGCCUGGAAGUCUCUGUCCUAUUCAUCUCCAAACCUGGCAGAGUUGUGCACCAUGAACAAAACACUGGGUAUCCCAACACCUGAAGUGCUGCCGAGCUCUCUGGAGGAGGUGCUGAGUCUUGCUGUGGCUCUCUCACGCCCCCUACUGGAGCAUCUCCACUGCCUGGUGGUGACUCUGGGGGCUAGUGGAGUGCUGGUGUGCGGAGAGUAUGAUGCAGGCUCGGUCAACCUGCAGCCAAGAAAACAGAAGAGGAGGAGGCAGCUUUGUGCUGUCCACUACCCAGCACUGACUGUGACAGCAGAGGAGACAAUGAAUGUGUCUGGAGCAGGAGAUAGUCUGGCAGGUGCUUUAAUGGCUGGGAUUCUCCAGCGGCGAGACACAGACAGCUGUGUUCGGAUGGGGCUCCUGGCUGCACGGUUGUCCCUGGCGUCACCGCACCCCAUCGCCCCCACACUCACCUUAGACUCUGUGGAUCCCAACAAAGUCCAGACUCACUGGCCCGAACCCAGCUUCAUGUGGAUAGCCUAAACAUAUUUUCAAAUAAUUUUGAAGCAUUGGUUCUAUUAUGCAUUGGCUUGUUUACUUUAUCAUUUUUUUGUGAUUGGAUUCUUGAAAAAAACAGCAUGUAAAAAAGUGAGUGAGUAAAUGAA